CUCCUCCUCCAUCCUCUCUGUCUCGCGGUGGCGAUUCGGAACUCGCUAACACGAUUCGUCGAUCCGCGCAAUCAACGUUGGAGCGAAAUUUCUGACGAGAUUAGAAAGGACGACUGUUAAUCUCGCCCUUUUUUUUUUUUUUUUUCUUGAAGAUUUUAUUUCGUUGGGAUUGUUGUAAUUGAGCAAUUAAUUAAUCGAGGCGGGAGCCGUUAUUUUUUUGAAUGGCUUCGAGUUUUGAUCGGUGGGAGAAGGAUCCUUUCUUCUAUGCAGCGGAGGAGGUUCAAGAAUCUGCAGACAGGAUGGAGUCUACCUAUAGAACAUGGCUUCAUGCAAAAAAGGACACUUCUGAUACGUGGAAGUUUGAGGAACUACGCAGGGAUCUAAAUACCACCCUUGGCACAACCAAAUGGCAGCUAGAGGAGUUUGAAAAGGCUGUCCAAUCAAGUUACAAAGGAUGCUCCAGCGAGGGUGCAAAAGAUAGGCAUCUUCAAUUUAUUGCUGCUAUUGAGGACCAAAUUGCAAAUAUUGAAAAAUCAUUGCGGGAAUCAGCCCUUUCAGAUGGCAAAACAACACUUCCUUGGGUGCAGUUAGACAAAGGUGAACGAGAUGAACUCGCUUGGUUCCUGUCAGCACCAUCACAGUCUGAGGACAAUAAAGAUUCUAACAGAAAUGGCAAGGAUAAUGAAAUCCCACAAGAAAUGGAAAAAGAACCAGUGUCUAAUUCCUUAAAGAAUUCAAGACGUUCAGUUGAUUGGGGUUCUUCAGAAGCUAGGGGUGAGAAGUCGCAUGGGCAUAGGAGGACAGCUAGUGCUAGUGCUGACAUUGGUGAUUGGCAAAUUGUAAUUGCUGAUGCUGGUUUCCAGCACAAUCCUGCCAAGGGGCAGCCUCCUCUUCCACCAAGAAAAAUACCAAGUUUCUCUAGAUUCCUAAAUUCCAUGGAAACUGCAUCAAAGUUGAAGUGGUCAAUGAAUGGUGCUAAGAAGUGGAAGGCAGUAGACUGCCAACAAGAGACUGAUCUGGAAUUAUUGCGAUCUCCUCAGAUGACUAGGGGCAUCAAUGCAUGCUGUGAAAAAAGUAAGAGUAGCCUAGGCUGCGAUGAUUGUUAUGAUAAGCAACUGCAUCGCUGGUAUGGAGCCAUUCAGAGGCAGCUUCAAAGGUCUCAGUAUCAAGUGCAACACAGUCGGGUUAUUAAAAUAGCCUUUUCAAUUGUCCUCUUCAUUUGCCUAAUUGUUUUACUCGCAAUUGAGUUUUGACUUCAAUGGAGAACAAAGGUUGUGCAAUUACAGUUAGGAUCCAAGUUUUCCAUACUAGUUAUGCAACAAAACGACGGCUCAUUUGACCGACGGACACCACCCCCACCCCCCAAACUUUGGCUGUGCACUGUAUCUUGUAUUCCCCUUCCAAUUUUGAUUUCCUGAUGAAGGGGCAACUUCCGUUGUAUUAUUAAGGAGCCCAUCAAUGGCAGAGAAGCUAGACCAAGGUUUCAGUCCAAGAAUGUUACCUUGAAAAUGUUGAUGUUGUAAUAUAUUAUCCUUUUUCUCUCCCCUCAUUGGAUCUGAAACUUUUAUUCUUGUAUCCAAUUCAAUUUUCUUACCAUAUCAAAUUCAGAUUUCGCUCGUGUACUUUCUACAGCGGUUGUUUCAUGUUUGUGAAAUAUAACAUUUGGCAAGUAAACAAUUUAACGCAUA